AUUUUAGAUUAUUCUUUGUAUGUUUCCCAUAGAUUUAACGAAUAGAGGGAGUUCAUAAACAACACACACUUGUUCUCACACUCUUCAACAGGGCUCCUCAGCAUAUAAUGCAGGAUUCUUUUAACCAGUAUUGUUUCUAGUUUUUUUCUAAGUAAAUCAAAAAUACAACAUAAUGCCUUCGAACAAAAGCUAUGUUUCCAAGAGCGAAGAAAAUCGCGCGUCACAGCAUGGUAUGAAGAAGCGUGGAAUGAACCGUCAGCAGGAGUCGUCCCAAAAUGGAAUACAUCAUGAUCACUCUGCUAGUAUUAAAAAAUCCGAUUCAGGCUCCUACUCAAAGUCAGAUAAGAAGCUGACCGGCAAAUCAUCGGUGGUUGGGGUAUCUAAGCCUGAGGUAAAAACUGUGUUACCAAUUCACCGUCCGACUGUUAUAGCAUAUUCACAGGCUGCAAGCAGUCCAACUCCACAGAGGCGUCCCAGCAUCAAUGCCAAGGCAGCUUCCCCUCCCCGCAUGGACUCCUAUGCAUCAGUUGCCAAGGGUUCUACUUCUACUACACCUGAGCCCGCCCCUCCACGACCAACAAUAGUGAACGAACGGCCUCGUCGUCGCAUGGAGCAUGAACCUGAUGAUAAGGACCUGGUCCGUAUUAUGAUGAGAAUGCAUCGCAUGAGAUUCCGUGAUUUCAAGAGAAACGAGGAUUUGAAUAACAACAGCAGGGUCAUAUCACAGCAAAGCAGUUUAAAGGAGCAACAAAAUGAAUCUCAGAAGGAACAGAAAACUGAAACGCCACAUGUGAAUGUUAAGGAUCAGCGUAAUGACGUAGCCGUGAAUGCGCAAUACCGUUCUGCUUUAUCGCAGCCACCUAAACGUUCUUUCAAUUCCAGUACUGAGUCAAACCUGAGUACUAAAUCUCAGGAGAGUGGAAAAGCAGGUGUUGGGGUAUCUAACGGGCGUGACAAGGCUGGUUCAGAAACUGUUUCUGAUGAGCAACCGACUACUACCACCACACGUCAGCGGCGUGCGGAAGCCAGUCGAAACCACUUUGCAUCUAGCAGGCGUAAAGCUACCGGUGACCGGCAGGCAAACGAGGAGGAUGAACGGAACUAUAAUUACGGCAAAUACCGUAAUCGAGUGCACCCUCCUAAUGUAACAAAGCGCGAAUUCAAAAAGGAAGAGCGAGUUGCUCAAGCUUGAAUAA